GCUCACCACGCCUCAUUUUUAAACACAAAAAUUCUCUUAAAAUUCUCAUAAAAAGCUUUGAAUCCGAUUAAAAGAUUGUAAUAAAAUGUGGAAUGAGAGGCAACGCCAUGUGAGAUUCAACACUAAUAAAAUCCAAAUUUAAUGUAUGAAAUGCAACCCACCCCACCCCCACCAAGUAGAAUCUCUCUCACUCACAUUAUUAUUCCUUUAUUCACUCCAUCCUCGUUUUAUGUUACGCUCUCCUUCCCCCUAUAAAUCCCCCUUUCAACCCCCCAUCACAUUCUGCACAGAAGAAAAUUUCCCUGAGAUCUGAAAUAUAGAGUGUGUGUGAAAAUGUCGAAGCCAGCUACACCGGUUGCGCCGCCCCUCAAGGACGAAUUGGACAUCGUGAUCCCGACGAUCAGGAACCUCGAUUUCCUCGAGAUGUGGCGCCCCUUCUUCGAGCCCUACCACUUGAUCAUCGUCCAGGACGGCGAUCCGACCAAGACGAUCAAGGUGCCCGAGGGCUUCGAUUACGAGCUCUACAACAGGAACGACAUCAACCGGAUCCUCGGCCCUAAGGCCUCCUGCAUCUCCUUCAAGGAUUCCGCCUGCCGAUGCUUCGGCUUUCUCGUCUCCAAGAAGAAGUACAUCUUCACCAUUGACGACGAUUGCUUUGUUGCUAAAGAUCCAAGUGGAAAAGAUAUCAAUGCUUUGCAACAGCACAUACAGAAUCUGCUAACUCCAUCCACACCUUUCUUUUUCAACACAUUGUACGACCCUUUCAGAGAGGGGGCCGAUUAUGUCCGUGGCUAUCCAUUUAGCUUGCGGGAAGGAGUCCCGACUGCCGUCUCUCAUGGACUCUGGCUCAACAUCCCUGAUUAUGAUGCCCCAACUCAGCUUGUCAAACCCCUCGAGCGCAAUACUAGGUAUGUAGAUGCUGUCCUGACUAUUCCUAAGGGGACCUUGUUCCCAAUGUGCGGAAUGAACCUUGCUUUUGACCGAGAGCUCAUUGGGGCCGCCAUGUACUUUGGGCUCAUGGGCGAUGGCCAGCCCAUUGGGCGAUAUGAUGAUAUGUGGGCUGGCUGGUGCACUAAGGUGAUCACAGAUCACUUGGGUCUUGGAGUGAAAACAGGUCUGCCAUACAUAUGGCACAGCAAGGCCAGCAACCCAUUUGUGAAUCUGAAGAAAGAAUACAAAGGCAUUUACUGGCAAGAGGAGAUAAUUCCCUUCUUCCAGGCAGUGACCCUCCCAAAGGAAUGCACCACUGUGCAAAAAUGCUAUAUUGAGCUCUCAAAGCAGGUUAAGGAGAAGCUUGGGUCAAUUGACCCUUACUUCCAGAAGCUAGCUGAUGCAAUGGUCACUUGGAUUGAAGCUUGGGAUGAACUCAACUCAUCUGCUCCAGCAGCAGCUGCUGCUGCUGAUGCCAAGGACGGGCCUUCCUCCAAAAAGAAGUAGAUUUCUUUUGAUGAGAUGAGAAUAUUUAUUUUACUUAUCCAUACAAUUCAUAUUUUGUUGAGCUCUAGGUUUCUGUUCUGUUGGUUCUGUUUUUCGGGUUGUUGACAUGAUCAGUUAUUCAGCGGGCGGCUCAGGAUAUCUUUAAGUUAUUUUCCAUCUGUUUGUUGGAACUUUUAGUUUUAAGAAAUAAUAUACAUGCUUAUGUCAGUUGAUGAAUAAAAUUUUUAUUUGGUGGUACAUUUAUGGUGCACUUGUUAUUUCGUUGUACUAGGCUCGGCAAAUUCUCGUCUUCUCACUGAUUUGCGAGGUCCCACAACUUGUUAAGAGAAAUAUCCAGGAUGAAGUUGUUCUAGUCACUACUUGUCACUGAAUACUCUUCUUGUAUUUCCCAAAAUACUAGGAAAGGAUUUGUUGUUCCCUGCUAGAAUUUCCCAAAAUAAUAUGAUUUGAAUUGUUGCUAAUUUAAGCUGCACUAAAAACUUGGUAUUUCCCC